CACUUAAAUAUUUUUUAAACCUUUGUUGUGUAUUACACGAUUACUACUAAACAAUACUUCCUAUUUUUUUUUACAGGAAUAAUAUUUUUAGCCACCACUGUGCUUAUAUCACGGUAGAGUUGGAGACUUGUCAGCUGUUCGUAGUUCGUUGAUAAGAGCCAGUUUGACCUUAUCAGAGGAAAUGUCAUUCAAAUUUUGUUUAUUCCAAUAAUUACUAAUUUAUGUACAAGUUUAAAAUCCUUAUGCAAGAUUAAAAUUUUAUUAAAAAAAACACAAAAUGGAACUUGAAGGUGACAUUAAAACCUAUGAAUGGGGCCGUUGUGGCAGUGAGUCAGUAGUGGCUGAAUUGGCGGCUAUUAACAAUAAAGACUUCGUUAUUGAACCACUAACUCCAUAUGCCGAAUUGUGGAUGGGAGAUCACGAAAGCGGCCCAUCAGUGUUAAAGGCAACAGGCGAUCAUUUGGGUACCAUACUGACUAAGCCGCUUAGCUUUUUAUUCAAAGUGCUAAGCGUUAAGAAGGCACUCAGUAUACAAGUGCAUCCAAACAAGGAACUAGCAGUGCGCUUACAUAGAAGACAUCCCGAUAUAUACAAAGAUGACAAUCACAAGCCAGAACUUGCCAUAGCAAUAACAGAUUUUACGGCUCUAUGUGGCUUUCGCCCGUAUGAGGAAAUUUACGCAAUCUGUCAAGGUUUGCCACCCUUAAAGCUUUUAAUCGGUGGAGAUGAGCAGGUCGAAACUCUACAGAAUGCCGACAAAGAGGCUGCAAAAAAAGGAUUACGCAAAUGUUUCACAAAACUUAUGACCUCAGAACAGGAGGCAAUCAGUGCUUGCUUAGAUGAAAUUUCCACAAAUUACGUAGAUGUGUUAAAAUCACAUAAACUCUUUGAUGUUUUCACUACUGUCCAAAAUGAUUUUCCGGGAGAUGUGGGUUUGCUUUCGCUAUUCUUUCUCAAUCUAUUGCAUUUGAAGCCUGGCGAUGCGAUUUAUUUGGGCGCAAAUGAGAUUCAUGCUUACUUAUCUGGCGAUUGCAUCGAAGCUAUGGCACGCUCUGACAAUGUCAUACGUGCUGGACUAACACCGAAAUUUAAGGACGUUAGUGAGCUGACAGCGUGCCUUAACUACGACGGGUUGCCACCAAGUGAAAAAUUCUUUAUGCCUAGACGUAUUAAUGAAUAUAUCGAAGUUUUCGCACCACCCGUUGAUGAUUUUGCCAUUAUAAAAGUUCGAAUUCCUCCGCAAACAAGAAAAUAUGAACUGGCCUUGAAACCACACAGCUCUAUUCUGUUGACCUUGCAUGGCAAAAGCUUGAUGCGUCUUAGUGGACACGCUGAGUUUGAGCUUUCACGUGGUACUAUUAUAUACAUUCCGCCAGAUAAUGCACCAGAAAUCGAGUUCCUUUCUGAUGUCUGUGGAACAGAAGACUUAGUCGUUUAUAUUACCACUUUCAACUGCUAUCGGUAUAAAUUGUAAAAUGGAUCUUUUGACGUAUUGAUGAGCAAUUUUACUCAGAUAUUUAGGCAUUUAUAUUUCUUGUUAAUAUAUUAUUUAUUGGAAAAUAAAAAAAAUUGUUGAUUGUA